AAAUAUUUUUUAGUCAUGCUUCAAAGCCUAUAUUGAACGUUGAACGCCUAACUAUCGGUGUUGUUACACACCCAAAGCCCCUCACAGUCUCUGCCAUGGCCGCCGUAGCCGCCGCCAUUUCUAAUUCCUUUACGACAUUACCUCACCGUUAUUUCACCUCCACUAAUCGUUUCCGCUCUCUCUCAUUAUCUAUUUCCACGUCUAUUUCUUUGUCCACUAUUCAAUCUAAUUCUCCAAGACCAAUCAUUUCUUUGAAAAACCCUAACUUUCGCUUACUGGCAUCUGCUGCUAUGAACGUCGAAGCUCCCGAUAAAAUUCCUGCUUCUUCUUUUCUUGAUCGGAGAGAAAGUGGCAUCCUUCAUUUUGUCAAGUACCAAGGCCUCGGCAAUGACUUCAUUUUGGUCGAUAACAGGGAUUCUACGGAGCCUAGGGUUACUCCAGAGCAGGCGGUUAAGCUAUGUGAUCGGAACUUUGGCAUUGGUGCUGAUGGAGUGAUUUUUGCCAUGCCGGGAACAAAUGGCACUGAUUAUUCUAUGAGGAUUUUCAAUUCAGAUGGUAGUGAGCCAGAGAUGUGUGGUAAUGGGGUACGGUGCUUUGCCAGGUUCAUUGCUGAGCUAGAAAAUUUACAAGGGAAGCAGAGUUUUACUAUACAUACUGGUGCUGGCUUAAUUGUUCCUGAAAUUCAAGAAGAUGGGAAGGUUAAGGUUGAUAUGGGUGAACCAAUACUUAAGGCAUCAGAUGUACCUACGAGAUUGCCUGCAAAUAAAGAUGAUGCUGUUGUUAAAUCAGAGCUAAAUGUAGACGGAGAAACCUGGAAUGUGACUUGUGUUAGUAUGGGAAAUCCUCACUGUGUGACUUUUGGGACCAAAGAAAACAAGGAUUUGCUGGUUGAUAACUUAAAUUUAGCUGAGAUUGGCCCAAAAUUUGAGCAUCACGCUGUGUUCCCAGCACGAACAAACACAGAAUUUGUGCAAGUUUACUCUCAUUCACACCUGAAAAUGUGCGUCUGGGAGCGCGGGGCAGGUGCAACCCUAGCCUGUGGAACGGGCGCUUGUGCAACAGUAGUUGCUGCUGUCCUUGAAGGUCGUGCUGGGAGGAAUUGCAGAGUUGACCUACCAGGAGGGCCAUUAGAGAUUGAGUGGAGGGAAGAAAACAACCAUGUAUAUAUGACUGGCCCUGCGGAAGUAGUGUUCUAUGGAUCAGUGUCCCUCUGAUGUGUGCCCUCUAGUUGGGUCAAUGGUUUUUGUAAUUUGUACUGUUUGCGUUCCUCUAUGCCAAGGUUUUCAGACCGGAGGAGAUCCAAAUUGAUAAGAGUAUCCUGGUUGUCUGAGCGAUUCAUGACAAAGUUUGAAAAGUAUAAACUUUGCAGAUGAUUAGUGAAUAUUAUGUUUUUUCUUAACAUUUAUUUGUGCAA